AACCUAUAAAACGUUCAGAUAUAUUAAAGUUUGGAAUUUUAAAUCAAACUACUGGGCACAACAUAGAUAAUGGACAACAAACCACACCAACUAUACUUAAUGAUAAUUUAAGUAAUGACAUAACUACUUUGGUUCCUGUGAGUAUUAAUGACAAUGAAAUAGCUAAUAAUACUGUAGCCUUUAUUUUGUCGCCUGACAAAGUGCAAAAGAUACUUAACGAUCUUGGCUUUGAAGAAAAUAAAGUAGCAUCAUGGAACAGAUCUAUUGAAGUUCCUAUUGGAGUUUCUUCGGUUCUUUUUACGGCCCGUGAAGCUAUUCUUCAUGGUUUACACUUCCAACACAUAAGUUUAUAUCCAGCAAUUGAGUCCGAAUAUGUUCAUAAACAAUGCAAAAUUCCUGAAUUUGUAUCGAAAGAUAUUCAAUCGAUCGACCCUGGAAAAAUUAUACCUGGAAGAGCUCAUAGGACAUUCCCUCAGAAUAUAUUAGUGUGCAAGGAACAGUUUACUUAUAAUGAUAGACCAAAAAUACUUGAUCAAAUAAAGAACAAAUUUACUGACAGAAAUUUUCUUUAUCGUGGAACUUCACGUAGUGUUAUUCCUGCUGUCAUUUCAGCUGGUUUUGAUCUUGUAACACAUAACAUUCGUAAUGAAUUUGGACCUGGCCUAUAUACUACCCCCGAUAUUGAUUAUGCACUCAGAUAUUGUGGGCAAGCUGGUGUACUUUUGGUUUUCGAUUGGACUGAUUCCGGCGGUAAUAUUACAGUUAAAGAUUUGCUCGACGAUGAGUGGAUGGCAACAGUUAAAGGAUGGAUUUGUAUUGAUAAACCUGAAAAAGAUGGACCACCUCAGCAUAUUGAAGACGUAUUGCAAGGAAAAAUUUCUGAAAAUUAUGAUAACACUAGCAAUUGUCGUAUUCCACGUCAGUCUAUGAUAAUGCAAGUUGUUGGCAAGACAGAAGCAGGCCGUUCCGCCUUUGCAGCUCGUUUAAUUGCUAUUAUUUAUCAAU